AUGGGCUCGACGCCCGGGCUGCCGACGCCCGGGGCCUCGCUGGUCCUGCGGGUGUCCUUCGUGGAUGUGCAUUCUGAGGUGAUCCCUGUGCAGCUUUGGGGGCUGGUGGGCGAGCGGCGCGACGAGUAUCUGCGGCUGAGCCAGGAGAUCCAGGAAGCGGCGGCCACGCGCGCCCCGUGGGCGCUGGGCAGCGUGUCGGCUUUGCCCGGCGAGCUGUGCCUGGUGCAGGUGGGGCUCCGGUGGCACCGCGGCCGCGUGGUCAGCCGGCAGGGGCAGGACAGCCGCGUCUUCCUGCUGGACGAGGGCCGCACCAUCACGGCGGGCGCGGGCUCGCUGGUGCCCGGGCGCAGCGAGUUUUUCCACCUGCCCUCGGAGGUGCUGGGCUGCGUGCUGGCCGGCCUGGUGCCCGCGGGGGGCGGCGGCGGCGAGCCCCAGCACUGGCCGGCCAGCGCCGUGGAAUUCCUUAGCAACCUGCAGGGCAAGGAGUUGCGCGGGCGGGUCCUGGACGUUCUUCUUCCCCACUGCCUGGUCUUCCUGGAGGUGCCCACUCUGUUCCAGCAGAUGCAGGAGCUCGGCCUGGCCUGGCAGGUCCCCCACAGCUUCUUCCGCUUGCUGCUCAAACGCUACCUCCCGGCAGUCUCUGCUGGCAUGGGCUCCGGGGCCCGGGUCUUGCAGCGAGUCCAGCCCAAGCUAGAACAGCCUAGCCUGGACUACUUCUAUCCCCAGCUGCAGCUGGGCGUGACAGAGCCCGUGGUGGUGACUCAGGUGUGCCAUCCCCACCGCAUUCACUGCCAGCUCCGGAGCUUCUCGCAAGAGAUCCACCGCCUCUCCGAGAGCAUGGCCCACGUGUACCGGGGUUCCGCGGAGACAGGGCAUGAGAACUACACCAGCGCCACCUGGGAGGAGAGGGAGGAGAGCCCCGACAAGCCGGGCUCUCCAUGUGCCUCCUGUGGCCUGGAUGGGCGUUGGUACAGGGCGCUCCUCCUCGAGACCUUCCGGCCCCAGCGCUGCGCCCAGGUGCUCCACAUAGAUUUUGGCAGGAAGGAGUUAGUGAGUUGCAGCAGCCUGCGCUACUUGCUGCCCGAAUAUUUUCGCAUGCCUGUGGUGACCUACCCCUGUGCUCUGUAUGGUCUCUGGGACGGUGGCAGAGGCUGGUCUCGGUCACAGGUCGGUGACCUGAAGGCUCUGAUCCUGGGCCAGGCAGUGAAUGCAAAGAUUGAAUUUUACUGUUCCUUUGAGCAUAUGUAUUACGUCACCCUGUACGGAGAAGAUGGGAUUAAUCUCAACUGUGUGUUCGGAGUGCAGUCCUGCUGCUUGGCUGACCGAUUCCUUCGGAGCCAGGGGGCAGAGGAGGACGAGGACGAGAACGAAGCAGAGGCAGCUCUCCACUGCCAGCCUCCUGCUGAAGAGGUGGGCGAAGACCUUUCCUUCCCAGCCUUGAGGUCUAUCAGCUUAAAGACGAAUGCCUUCUAUGACGCCCAGGUAGAGUUUGUGAAAAAUCCCUCCGAGUUUUGGAUUGGGUUGAGGAAACACAGGGCCACCUUCAGCAAGCUGAUGAGGAGAAUGUGCAGUUUCUAUUCCUCGGCCAGGAAGCUGGAUGGUGUCGUUUUGAAACCAAAAGCCGAUGACCUCUGCUGUGUCAAAUGGACAGAGAAUUGUUUUUAUCGGGCUCUGGUCACCAGACUGGAUGACAAGAGUGUGGACGUAUUCUUAGUCGACCGCGGCAAUUCGGAGAACGUGGACUGGUACGACGUGAGGGCCCUGCUACCCCAGUUCAGGCAGCUGCCGGUGUUGGCUCUGAAGUGCACUCUGGCUGAUAUCUGGCCCCUGGCAGAAACCUGGAGCCAGGAGGCAAUUUCCUUUUUUAAAAAGAUUGUGCUCCACAAAGAAUUAGUUAUCCAUGUCCUUGAUAAGCAGGACAAUCAGUACGUUGUUGAGAUUCUUGAUGAAUCAAGGACAGGGGAAGAAAACAUUGGUAAGGUCAUUGCCCAAGCUGGGUAUGCCAAGUAUCAGGAAUUCGAAACAAAGGAAAAUAUCCCUGGACGUGCCCACUCCCUAGGGCCUGUUUCAAACUAUUUUAGUGCUGAGAAGAACAAGAUAGCUUCAGCCAAGAAGGAAGAAGUGGAACAGAAAACCAAAGGAAGUGAUACAACUACGUGUGUUUCAGAAGCUUUGACAGACACGGUAGUUGCCACCGAUGUUUCGACGGGACUAGUUGUGCAGGAAAGAGAGAACAGAGUAUCUGUCUAUUCCCCUCUUAUACAGAAUAUCUUGAAAAUCAAAUCAGGCUCUUCCUGUAAAGGAGAGAUAAGAGUUGGAAGUACAAUGGAGGUUAAAGUGUCUUAUGUUGAAAACCCUGGCCACUUCUGGUGUCAGCUGAUCAGGAACAUGCAAGGAUUUAAGACGUUGAUGUGUGACAUUCAGGACUAUUGCAAGAAUACCCCUGCUCCCUACCAGGGAACCACCCCCGCUUGUUUGGCAAAGCGAACGAUCAAUGGAAAAUGGUCCCGAGCUCUGAUCAGGAGGAUGCGCUCUGCAGAACAUGUCCAAGUAGUAUUUGUGGAUUAUGGAGACGCAGAAACGGUAUCUGUGAAGAAUAUGUGUUCAAUUAGUGAAGAGUUUCUCAAAGUUAAGGCUCAGGCUUUUAGGUGCAGUCUUUAUAAUUUGAUUCAACCGGCGGGUCAGAAUCCUUUUGUUUGGAGUGAGAAGGCAAUAAAAGUGUUCAGUGAAUUUGUAGGGAAUGCAUGGAAAGACAACCUAGAAUUAAAAUGCACAGUGUUUGCUACUGCGUCCACAGGUGAUGAGGAACUGUUUCAUAUCGUGGAUUUACUAACACCCUUUCGGAGUGCAAGCCAAACUUUGGUAGAAGAGGGACUUGCAAGACCAGUAAAGCUUUCAAAGCCACUGGGGGUCCCUAUUCAGCUACGUUCUUACUACUAUUCAACACAUGAUGUGGAUAUUGGAAGUAAAGAAUCAGUGUGUGUAACACAUGUUGAUGACCCUUGGACAUUUUAUUGCCAGUUGGGAAGAAAUGCCCCUAUUUUAGAACGGUUGUCAUGUUCCAUUAUACAAUUAAGUAAAACAUUGCUGAAUGUAAAAAAAUCUCCCUUGAUCCCUGGAGCCCUGUGCCUUGCUAAGUAUACCGAUAGAAAUUGGUAUAGGGGGAUAAUGGUAGAAAAAGACCCAAAUAAAGUCUUCUUUGUUGAUUUUGGGAACAUUUAUGUGGCAACAAAUGAUGAACUGCUUUCAAUACCCAGUGAUGCGUGUGAUGUCUUAUUUUUGCCCAUGCAAGCUCUUAGAUGCUCAUUAUCUGAUAUUCCUGAUGAUAUACCAGAAGAAGUUGCAACAUGGUUUCAGAAGACUGUCUCAGACAAGCCACUGAAGGCUGUGGUCGUAGCCAAAGAUCCAGAUGGAAGACUGAUGAUAGAACUCUAUGAUGACAGUAUUCAAAUUAAUGCUAACAUUAACAAGACGUUAGCAUUACUUGGUUACAAAGGUGGGAAACGAAAAAUAGAAGAAACGGAAGUACUCUCUACAACAGAAACUCUUGGCAUGAAAAAGGAAAACAUGAAGUCAUCACCUGCGAAAUAUUCAAGCAAACCAGUAGAGCACAAGAUACACAACAUAGAGACCCUGGCGGAAUCAUACAACCCUAAGAUCAGCUCAGUAUGUAAGGAACUCAGACUUUCACAAAGUUCAACGAAGACAAAUGUAGUCCCUCAACAUCAGGACCCCGAGGAGAGUAAAAAGAGUGAAGCAUCUUCAUUAACAACAGAAAAGAAAAGAGAAAGUUUUCCUGAGCCACCACUUUUGAAAGUCACCAAACCGGAAGUCACUCCUUCAGAGAGAAAAACCGGAGGUUCCUAUAACAAAGAUUUUCCUCUAAAAUUGUCUGAGUUCCCACAGAAGACUCUAAUGCCUGGCUUUAAAACAACUGUAUAUGUUUCUCAUAUAAAUGACCUUUCAGACUUUUAUGUUCAACUGACAGAAGAUGAAGCUGAACUGGAUCGUCUUUCGGAGAGAUUAAAUGAUGCUAGUACAAGACCCAAAUGUUAUACAGGUCCACCUUUGCAAAGAGGAGAUGUAAUUUGUGCUACUUUCCCAGAAGACAGUUUAUGGUAUCGUGCUGUGGUCAUGGGUCAACAACCCAGUGACCUCCUCUCUGUACAGUUUAUAGAUUAUGGCAAUGUUUCUGUGAUUCCUACUAACAAGACCGGUAAACUUGACCUUGUUCACGCACUGUUACCAAGGCUGUGCAUUCACUGCUCCUUAAGGGGGCUUUGGGUUCCUGAGAUUUUAAACUGUAAGGAAAUGUUGCAUUACUUUUCCCGAAGGACAGACGAGGCUCAAGUAAGAUGUGAAUUUGUUAACUAUCAAGACAGAUGGGAAGUUAUUCUUGCCGAUGAACAUGGAAUCAUAGCAGAAGAUAUGAUUAGCAGAUACGCUUUCAGCGAAAAACCUGAAACAGGACUUUCCACCCAAAUAAUGGAUGGUGCCUUUUCAAAGUCCGCCAACAAAACAGAUGUUGACACUUCGGUAUUUCUUAACUGGUAUAAUCCCAAGAUGAAAACCAUACGAGCUUAUGCCACUGUGAUCGAUGGACCUGAAUAUUUUUGGUGUCAGUUUGCUGAUACGGAGAAACUUCAGUACUUAGAAGUAAAAGUCCAGACUGCUGGAGAACAGGCAACAGAGGGGAGAGGUCGUGUCUCGUGUCCUCGUGUUGGAGAUCCUUGCAUAGUGAGGUACAGAGAAGAUGGGCAUUUUUAUAGGGCGCUUGUCACCAGGGUUUGUGAAGAUUCUCUCCUGUCCGUCAGGCUCGUGGACUUUGGAAACACUGAAGACUGCGUGGACCCGACAGCACUCUGGCCCAUUCCUCCGGAACUUCUGGCGGUGCCGAUGCAAGCCUUCCCCUGCUGCCUGUCAGGCUUCCCCACGUCGGAGGGCGUGUGCCCUCCGAAAGGCAGUGACUACUUCUAUGACAUAGUAACGGAAGAUGUGUUGGAGAUAACAGUUUUGGGAAUCAAAAGGGACAUUUGCGGCAUCCCUUUAGCAAUUGUUGACUUGAAGAGCAAAGGUGAAAGUAUUAAUGAAAAAAUGAAGAAGUACCCUAAGAUUGGUAUCAGCAACAGUGAUGUGCCCUAUGAAAAAAAUGGCCCGGAGCUAAAGGGAGCUCCUGGGUCCCCCGUUCCCGGCGUUGGGCCUAAGAGACCGAGCAGUAAGGCCGAACGAGAGAAAACCCCGUGUGUGGAGCCACGGACAGAGGAGCUCUCCGACAGAUCGGAAAAAGUCUUAAACGUGAUUGAAUCCACACCAAAGAAACCCCACGACCCCGAAACCGAUAACCUUUUUAAAGCUCUUGAAAACCCAUGCGGAGGUAACAGUGGCGAGGAGGCACUGGAAGGGAAAAUAGAGAGCCUUGUGGUUGACAAAGCAAAGAUUGAUAAUAAAUACCCCAGGACAGGAUUCACCACACUGUCCCUGCGUGCCGGUGAAACACGGGAGAUGCUAGAACUAGAGUCAGUCGAGGUGCCGCUUUCUCCCGACGAUGACCCCGAAGAAUUUGUGGAGCUGGAAUCCCUGGAGUUACAGCAUUCUCUAGUGGGGGAUGAAGACAAAGAAGAGCCAGGCCCGGGGCCUCCGGUCGGGCCUUUCCCUCGGGGCUGUGACACAGAAGCCACCCUGGAGACAUGUACAGUGCAGCUGCCCCUCACCUGUGCAGCCGAGGAACAGCCAGAGCUAGAACUACCUACCGCCCCGCUGCGUCUAGAACCCGUGUGUGCUGAGGACACGCAGAAGUCCAGCUGCGUGGACUGUUCUGGUGACCCGCAUGGUUUGCCACGGCGGCCCCCUGGAAAGCCGUGUGAUGCCCAGGGGCAGAGGGGAAAGAGUCUAGAUGAAGGAGACGUCACAGGACAUAAAGACAGAGGUGUUGCUCCCCCACGGACGUCUUUGUUCUCCGAAGAAUCCCGGGAUGGGAGGAGAAACAGUGUUUCACCCGAUCCUCAACCAGAGAACACCUACACUCUGAACGGGUUUACUGUUGGAUCCAAAUGUGUUGUGUGGUCAAGACACACAUGGUCUGAAUGUGAGAUUUUGGAAAUAGCUGAAGAAGGCACAAGGGUUUUGAACCUUUCAAAUGGUAUGGAGGAGACAGUGAACCCCGAGAAUGUCUGGAAUGCCAUACCCAAAUUGGAUAAGAGUCCGUCUGAGUCUGUCGUCCACACAGUGGGCAGAGAUCUCUCCUUCAUGUCAUCGGGGGACACCACCAUUAAACGUCACUCUUGUCUGUAAACCAGAUUGCCACAUCUUAAAGAUGCCGUUACCCUGAACCCACAACAAAAAUGGUUUCUCGCCCUGGCCGGUUUGGCUCAGCAGUUGGAGCG